AACGUCACUCAGGGCUGUUGGUUGAAGCGCAUAUGGCUGAGCAGUAGGAAGCCACGUUGACACAGAGAGAGGUUGUGUUUUUGUUCUGAUUUAAACCGGGGUUUUGAUUCUGCUGGAAAGGUCUGCUGAAGUAAACAGUAUGAGUGUAGGGUUCAUUGGAGCCGGCCAGUUGGCCCAUGCCUUAGUAAAGGGCUUCACUGCUGCAGGUGUAAUUGCAGCUCACAGGAUCACUGCCAGUUCCCCAGAUACAGAUCUGCCAACAGUGGCUGGACUCAGGAAAAUGGGAGUGAACCUCACAACCAGCAACAAGGAAGCCACACAUAAGAGUGACGUCCUCUUUCUGGCCGUCAAGCCUCACAUUAUCCCUUUCGUUUUGGAUGAAAUCGGACCCGAUAUUGAAGACCGGCACCUCAUUGUUUCCUGUGCUGCUGGAGUCACGAUUAGCUCCAUUGAGAAGAAACUGCUCCAGUAUCGUACUGCCCCGAAGGUAAUGCGCUGCAUGACUAACACUCCAGUGGUGGUCCGCGAGGGGGCCACGGUAUACGCCACAGGCACCCACGCCGAGGUGGAGGACGGGAAGCUGCUGGAGCAGCUGAUGGCCAGUGUGGGAUUCUGCACAGAGGUGGAGGAGGACCUGAUCGACGCGGUUACCGGACUCAGUGGCAGCGGGCCAGCUUAUGCUUUCACAGCUCUGGAUGCUCUUGCUGAUGGCGGGGUAAAGAUGGGUCUACCAAGGAGGCUGGCUGUGAGGCUGGGGGCACAGGCUCUACUGGGUGCUGCUAAAAUGCUGCUUGACUCAGAGCAGCAUCCAGGCCAGCUGAAGGAUCAGGUGUGUUCACCAGGGGGCGCCACCAUCCACGCCCUGCACUUCUUGGAGAGCGGUGGCUUCCGGAGCCUUCUCAUCAACGCUGUGGAGGCUUCAUGUAUCAGGACCAAAGAGCUGCAGUCUCUUGCUGACCAAGAGGAGAUUUCUCCAGCUGCCAUCAAGAAAACCACACUGGACAAAGUGCUGCAGCAACCUGGCAUCUCUGAAACGUCAGUGGGAACCAGAAACAGAGUCAACCUUUUUAAUAACAAGAGUGGGGUUAAGAAAGUCUGAAAAAAAAACAAAAAAACAUUCUCCACGAAAACACACACACACACUUAAACGCACUCAAACUCACUUCAUAUUCCUUCAUAAGCUCCUUCAGGCGCCUACAGAUGUUACCCAGCUAUUCUGACAAAUUUUGGACAGAGUAGUUGGAUGAUAUCCGUCCAGACACACACACGCACACACACGUAUAUAUGUACAGACUGAGAUGAACAGAAGUGCAUUUCUAGCAUGCUGUCUGUCACCUAGUGCCUCCUUGCAGUGGCAGACAAUGCACUCCCCGGGGAGCAGCGUUGGGAGUUAGCAGACAGCAGAUGCUCCACGUGAUGUUAUAGAUGUCCUGUCUUUAAGAAAAAGCUCAACUGCAAAGCCAGUGGAAAAAAAACUCAUGGUUGAUGUUUGUCGGAAUAUACAUGUCAAUUUCAGGCCCAAUACAUAAGUACAACUGUAUUGCUUUGUAUGGAAAAAGGUCAAUGGCUCUAUGGUCAUUAUAGAACUGUGCAAAAGUCAAAAUCCACCCUUCAUUUUAUUCUCUCUUUUUUUUUUAAUUUAACCCAGGUUUCACUCACUUCUGUGUUAUUUUUAGUUUCCACUCAGUAGCUUGAACUACACCAAUAACAAAAUACCUUGAGUGUUGGUAGGAUGAAGGCUAACAUGUGCUUCUUUUUAAAUCACAUGGAGCAAAGCAGUUGGAGCUGUUUAAACUGCUACUAAUGCAGGCUUUGAACAGCUCAACACGCUUGGAGGAGAACACUAAAGGCUGGUUCAUACUUCUGUGUUGAGUCAAAGCAUUAUCUAUGGCAUAGCCUGCCCAAGUGCCCUACGCCGCUGUGCUCAUUUAUACAGGUGCGUUUUUGUGUUUAAACCCUGUGGGCGGGAACACAAGGUUUGGCGGACCAAUCACUUUGUUGCGUGACGUGUAAUUACAUUUCUGUGGAGGUGUGCAUCAGGCUACGUGGAAGUAUAAACUGGCCUUAACAUACUGCUCUAAGCAGACAAGGUUUUGUGUGUACUGCCAUUCAAAAUUGUGUCAAAGCGCAUUUCGUAAUGCAAUUUCACGAAUGCUGCACGGCCUAUAAUAACACCAAUAGUGACAGAGGCACAUGACCGAAGAUGCCAGAGAGGUGGGUCAUGCGCUAAACCCUACAUAACCCUAACCGCUACACUUUCCACAAUACCAUGCAAAUCCAACAGCUUACAGUUUACGGUUUCUAUGUGGCACAUGCCUCUUGUAAAGAUUCUGUACUUUCCCCAAUAAUAAAUACUGUGUAUUCAACAUGCAACUGUGUGCACUGAACUGCGACCCCCUUACUGUGACGGUUUGAUUAUUUCAAAUCUCUAAUCUCAUCACAAAUUAAUAUUUUGAUGUAAUUUACUGUCAAAAUAGCCACACAUGAUUGAUGGUCUCUGACUUUUGCAUAGUACUGUAGAUCAUUGUUGUCAUGUGAAAACCUUGUAACCACUUUUUAAUGUAUUUUUCUUGCAGAACUUUUCUUUACACUGUGUUUCAUCAUGAAUGGAAUAAUAAUGGUCCAAAAUUGUUUUGGAUAUACAAGGUUUUGUUUACACCCAGCAACAAUAUUUGCUGCAAAAUAAUUCAUUGCGUUUUCUCUUUCUAGAGAAUUUCUAAGAAAUCUCUUAAGAUCUUCUUUCUGAGAGUGAAUGUGCAACUCUGUUUGGUUCUGAUCCUUGUUACUUUUUUGCUGAUCUCGUUUGUUCAUGUUCUUCUUUUUUAAAUAAGCCCUUUAUAACAAAGAUGUGAACUCAGAGUGCAGUAUUGAACACAUACUUGAGAUGCGUUGUACGCUUUAAGUGUAAAAUUUAGAAAAGGUAUGUACGUUUAAUUUUGAGUAUAAAUGGGGAAAAAAAUUGACAGUCAGCCAACCAAAGUGUAUGUUUUAUAAUCUGCUUGCAAGACGUUUCUUUGUGCUGAAAUUAAUGAAGAAUGAAUGAACCUCUGUUACCUGCUUUAUGAUCACCUGGGCAUUUGUUACAGCAGCAUUAAACCUCUAUUAAAGGUGCUAAUCAUGAAUUGAGAA